AUGGCGCUGCGUCACCAGCUCGGCGCGCUGGGCGACGCCGCGGCCGAGUUCGCGUCGUCACUGAUGCCCAUGUCGGCCGCCGACUCGGCCGCGCUGACAGUGGCAUCCGAGCCGGCUCACCAUGCGGCCACAGGGAGCUCCGCCGAGGGCAACGCCCAUGCUCAGGCGUACGCUCCGGCGCACUUCCAGCACCGCCGUCACCUUUCGCAGCAAGAGCACACUGCGAUCAUGCACCAGCAGCAGCAGCACUCGACGCACAUGGACUCGCUGCAGCUCGAGCAGCAGCACAUGAUGCAGAACCGCGCCUCGGGUCUGACAGCGCUCGAUGCCUUCACCUCUGUCGCUCCAGAGCUGCCUCAGGCCAGUGCUCGCCCGCCAACCGUCCGCAAGCGCUCUGCAUCCGCGUCCGUGGCCCUGUCGUCGAACCCCAAAAGCGAUGCGCAGAAGGACCGAGUGUCCAUGGCGUGUAUGCACUGCCGCAGCCGCAAAGUGCGUUGCGACGGCGAGCAGCCAGCCUGCGGCCUGUGCACGCGUCUCGGCCGGCCGUGCAACUACGACCGCGUCAGCGAGGCAGAGAACCUGCUCUUGCGCGCUCGCAAGCGCGCCUUGAAGGUCAAGCGCGCCGGCGAGAAGAAGGCUGCUGCCAGCGGAGCGCAAGACAUGGCCGACGACGCCGACGAGACGAUGACAGAUGCGCCUGGCGGCAGCCAGGAUGCAGCGCAGCAGCCGAGCAGCGCGCGUCGGCGCAGCCGCGUCUCCACCGCCGGGCCGCACUCUUCCUCGGCCACCGACACGCUGUCUGGCUCGCGCUCGCGCUCGACGAGCGUGUCCGAGUCGAUCUCGCCGGCCAUGACGUCUGUGGACAACUUCGCGGCGGGCGUCAUGAUGCCCUGGCAGUCCUCGUCGAUGCAGCUCACGUCUGCGCCAGGCUCGCCAACAGCGAUGGACAUGUCGAUGCCCGCGCUGCCGACGUGGCUGUCGAAGCCCGCGUUCGGCGACGUGGCGCCGCACGGCACCGUUGCGCCCCAUGCCACGAUGUCUGCGCAGAACGCGAACACCACUGCUUGGGCCGGGCAGCAGCAGCAGCAGAUGCAGCAGUACUCGUACGGCACGCAGGGCGCUUUCGGCGGCGGCGGCACAGCAAGCAGGCCUCCGCCCGUGCCGUAUGCCGUUGGUGGCUCGUCGCUGAACGCGGCUCGGGGAUCGGCGGACAUGAUGACGGGCUCGUGGCGCUCCGCCGGCUCCUGGGGCAGCUGUCCGUACGGCAGCAGCGACGGCAGUGACUCGGCGCCCUCUUCGCUCGUUCAGCGUCGUGCUGCGACCCGCGCUGCUGGUGGCCAGUCGGCCGGGCAAGAGGUGCAGCUGCACAUGUCGAGCCAGCCGCAUGCGCAGCCAUCGAACCUAGCCAGCACAUCACACGGCCUCGGCCUCGGCGACGCGAGCAUGCAGUACACGCAGGGCGGCAGCGCCAGCACCGGCAGCAACACGUCUGCAGAGCGCCACAACCCGUACGAUCUCCGCCUGCCCGCUGCUGUCGUACUGAACGCAGCCGAGCAGUGGCGCCAGAGCAUGGGCUACCCGAAGACGGAGAAUCCCGCCUCGUCCGACGUGGCGGCCGGUCCGCACGGAGACAGCAAUGCCGAGCACAACCUGAGCAACGAGGCGCUGCGCUCGCAGCGCUUCGGCAACUUCACACUUCAACAGCCUGCGAACAUGCAGCCACAGACGUCGCAGCAAGAUCAAGGCGCCGGCGACCACGUGCUCGACAUGCCCAAGCUGACGCAUCAGGGUGCCGGCGGCUGGGCUGCGGCGCUCGCCAGCACCGGCAACUCUUCGCUUCUGGCCGACCCGCUGGCUGCUGCCCGUGCGGCCACGGCUGGCAGCAUCCAGUGGACGCCGGACGAGUCGGGCCCGCAGGGCUUCCCGCGCCAUCUGUUCGACCAGCACAGCCAGGGCCAAUAGCGACCGACCACGCUCGCCGCAGCUGUCACCCUUCCAUUCGUCGCGCCCGCACAGCGCACUCUGCGUCUCCCCUUCCUCCUUCCAGCCCAGCCCAGUC